AUGAUUUUACUUCAAGAGUCUCACUCUCAUGUGAAAGAUGAUGAUUCUGUUCAUCACGUGGAAUUUGCUUCAGGGAAGGUUCAUCUUAUUAAUACCAAAGAAUCUUGGGACGAAAAGUUAGAACAAGCAAAGGGAGAUGGAAAAAUUGUCGUUGCAAAUUUCAGUGCAACAUGGUGUGGUCCUUGUAAGAUGAUUGCACCUUAUUAUUGCGAGUUAUCAGAGCAUUAUCCAUCCAUUAUGUUCUUAUUAAUUGAUGUCGAUGAACUAAUUGACUUUAGCACAUCGUGGGACAUUAAAGCCACACCGACUUUCUUUUUUCUUAGAGAUGGACAAGAGAUUGACAAACUUGUAGGAGCCAACAAGCCAGAGUUGGAGAGGAAGAUUUCUAGUGUUAAUGUAGCUCCCCGACAUCAAUAGCGAUUAUUUUACUUUCCGUAUUCAUAAAAGUUAUGCGCAACUCUUCUCUCAUCAGAGCCUGCAGUGAUAUAUAUGUAUUCAAUGUGUAAUCCUAGAGCUUUGUCACUAUUUUUUUUGUAAGUAAAUAUGCAGACAUUUCAAACGAAUAUCUUGUAUUCAAUUGAUAUCAUUGUAGUUAAAAGAA